AUGGCUGCAAGCCUGCAACCCCAUAUUCAAUCUUCCUUGAGUAUGAAAAAUUAUAUGGAGAAAGUUGUGCAAGUGAAAAUGAUGAGGGAGAAUGUUGCUAAGGGACUGAAGAAAGAGAUGGUUACUGCAGAGGUCGAUCUUGAAAGAGCAAAACGAGAUUUGCUGAAAGUGCUGGGGUUGGGGAAUAGAAUAAAAUGGAGGGCAAUUAGAGACUUAGUAGUGAGGGAGAAGAUAGAGAUGGUGAUGCUGCAAGAGACAAAACUGCAAGAAGUGGAACAAAGUCUUUGUAAUACACUAUGGGGUGACUCGAGUUGUGAAUGGAAAAUGAGCCCGGCUGCGAAUAGUGCAGGCGGCCUGCUUUGUAUAUGGAAUAAAGAUGCUUUUGAACUGGUAGAUUGCACUAUCAGCAGUCUUUUAUUAUAUUGGUUGGUAAAUUGGGCAAAAGACAUUAUUGUAAAUGUUUAUGCUCCUUGUGACCGGGAGGGAAAGAGGGAUGUUUGGAGGGAACUUCAGUCGUGGAAACAAGGCUGCAUGAUUGAUUCUUGGUGCAUUGGAGGGGAUUUUAACACGAUGAGAGUAACUCAGGAAAGAAGAGGGGAAGCGAAUAUGUUGUAUUAUGGAAGAAGGGAUAUUGAGGAUUCUAAUGAUUUCAUCAUCCAGAUGGAACUAUUGGACAUACCUAUCUCGGGUAAGCGGUUCACUUGGUUCAGGCCAAAUGGCAAGUCUAUGAGUAGAAUUGAUAGAUUCCUUCUCUCGGGAGGUUGGUUGUUGUGCUGGCUCGAAAGUUCACAACAUGUGCUUGAUAGAGAUUUCUCUGAUCAUUGUCCAUUAUUGUUGAGGUGUGUAGUCUGUGAUUGGGGCUCGAAACCUUUUAGAACUCUUAAUUGCUGGCUGAAAGAUCAACGUUUCAAGGAGUUUGUGGAGAAAUCCUGGGGUGAGACCCAUGUUCAAGGUUGGGGGACACACGUUCUAAAGAAGAAACUUAAGUCCUUGAAAGCUUCUCUUCGCAUAUGGAAUAAGGAGGUGUUUGGAGAUGUGAAUAAGCAAAGGAAGAUCAUCAUAAAGGACUUGGCUAAACUUGAUAAGAAAAUGAAGAAGUAG